AUUCUUUCCCCGCCCUCCUCUCGCCUGCCCCAGGGACAUAUAAAGGCAGUUGUUUGCACACCCAGCCAGCAGACGCUCCCUCAGCAAGGACAGCAGAGGACCAGCUAAGAGGGAGAGAAGCAACUCCAGACCCCCCCUGAAAAAAAACCCUCAGACGCCACAUCCCCAGACAAGCUGCCAGGCGGGUUCUCUCCCUCUCACAUACUGACCCAGGGCUCCACCCUCUCUUACCUGGAAAGGACACCAUGAGCACGGAAAGCAUGAUCCGGGACGUGGAGCUGGCCGAGGAGGCGCUUCCCAGGAAGACAGCGGGGCCCCAGGGCUCCAGGCGGUGCUGGUUCCUCAGCCUCUUCUCCUUCCUGCUUGUGGCAGGCGCCACCACGCUCUUCUGUCUGCUGCACUUUGGAGUGAUCGGCCCCCAGAGGGAAGAGUUCCCCAAGGACCUCCCUCUAAUCAGCCCUCUGGCCCAGGCAGUCAGAUCAUCUUCUCGAACCCCAAGUGACAAGCCUGUAGCCCAUGUUGUAGCAAACCCUCAAGCUGAGGGGCAGCUCCAGUGGCUGAACCGCCGGGCCAAUGCCCUCCUGGCCAAUGGCGUAGAGCUGACAGAUAACCAGCUGGUGGUGCCAUCAGAGGGCCUGUACCUCAUCUACUCCCAGGUCCUCUUCAAGGGCCAAGGCUGCCCCUCCAACCAUGUGCUCCUCACCCACACCAUCAGCCGCAUCGCAGUCUCCUACCAGACCAAGGUCAACCUCCUCUCUGCCAUCAAGAGCCCCUGCCAGAGGGAGACUCCAGAGGGGGCUGAGGCCAAGCCCUGGUAUGAGCCCAUCUACCUAGGAGGGGUCUUCCAGCUGGAGAAGGGUGAUCGACUCAGCGCUGAGAUCAAUCGGCCCGACUAUCUCGACUUUGCCGAGUCUGGGCAGGUCUACUUUGGGAUCAUUGCCCUGUGAGGAGGACGAACAUCCAUCCUUCCCAAACCCCUCCCCCGCCCCAAUCCCUUUAUUAUCCCCUCCUUCAGACACCCUGAUCCUCUUCUGGCUCAAAAAGAGAACUGGGGGCUUAGGGUCAGACCCCAAGCUUAGAACCUUAAGCAACACCACCACCACUUGGAAGCCUGGGAUUCAGGAAUGUGUGGCCUGCACAGUGAAGUGCUGGCAACCACUAAGAAUUCAAACUGCGGCCUCCAGCACUCACUGGGGCCUACAGCUUUGAUCCCUGAACUCAGUCUGUGACAUCUGGAAUCUGGAGACCAGGAAGCCUUUGGUUCUGGCCGGAACGCUGCAAGACUUGAGAAGACCUCACCUAGAAGUUGACACAAGUGGACCUCCACCCUUCCUCUCUCCAGAUGUUUCCAGACUUCCUUGAGACAUGGAGCCUGGCCCUCCCCAUGGAGCCAGCCCCCUCUAUUUAUGUUUGCACUUGUGAUUAUUUAUUAUUUAUUUAUUAUUUAUUUAUUUACCGAUGAAUGUAUUUAUUUGGGAGGUCGGGGUAUCCCAGGGGACCCAAUGUAGGAGCUGCCUUGGCUCAGACAUGUUUUCUGUGAAAACGGAGCUGAACAAUAGGCUGUUCCCACAUAGCCUCCUGGCCUCUGUGCCUUCUUUUGAUUAUGUUUUUUAAAAUAUUUAUCUGAUGAAGUUGUCUGAACAAUGCAGAUUUGGUGACCGACUGUCACUCAUUGCUGAGCCUCUGCUCCCCAGGGGAGUCAUGUCUGUAAUCGCCCUACUAUUCAGUGGCGAGAAAUAAAGUUUGCUUAGAAAAGAAA